CUUCUCAAAUAUCUUCUCGCGCCCUGUCUUCGGAGGUACGUGUAUACAACACGACCAGCAUGUCCAGCCGACUCCCCAAAAUCAGCAUCACCUUUUGCACACAAUGCAAAUGGAUGCUUCGCGCCACCUACUAUGCCCAAGAACUGUUUUCAACAUUUGGCCCCACGAUCGGCGAAAUUGCCCUCAUUCCCGCCACAGGAGGCAUCUUCACUGUGGAUCUGACGUACAAGCCGACACAGGCGCAGUUGGAGAUGGGAGAUGAUCCCGACGAGGCCAAGGAUGUGGUACUUUGGGAUCGGAAAACGGAGGGGGGAUUUCCCGAAACGAAAAUCCUCAAGCAACGAGUGAGAAAUUAUAUUGAGCCGGAGAAGAAACUCGGUCACUCGGACACGCCCGCGAAUAAGGUCAAGAACAGUGAUGAUCAUGAUGAUCAUGAUGAGCCUGAAGUGCAGCAAAAGGGAACUGCAGAGGUUUGCGAAGAUUGCAAGUAGACCAUCAUCAUGACUCGCAUUCGAAGACGCAGCAGGCAAUGACAUGAGCAAAUGAUAUAAAAAUUCACGGUGGACUGUAGUAAUGGCUUUGAACUGCAAAGACUCCAUCCCAUAAGACGUGUAUAGGGUAGUCAAAGAAGAUCUGAUUCAGUCAUCAAACUCUUCAUUCAGCUCAUCGAUCAGCCGAUUCUCGGCGUCACUAUCGCGCCCGCGACCUCCAAUACCACCGUCCUGUCCAACUCGAUGGUAGCCUCGUCGCGAUGGCGUGUAUCGCGCACAAGAUGAGGUGAGGAUGAUGAAAAGGUCUCUGAAGAAACUGAAGAUGCCUUGCCACAGGCCGUAGUUGGGCACUUGCUGCCACCCUCGCUGCUGUAAUACCGCGCGAUUAUACACGCAACCUCCCACAAAGUAGACCAUGAUGGCUAUCACGACAAUCACGCCAAAGACUCCGGCCGGGUUGAGCGUGGCUUUACUCGUGUUCGCAGUGGCGCAUGCCGCGGCAGAUCGUCCUUCGAAGAAGUAGGUGCACUCGUCCAUGGUGCCCACGAAGCUGAGUUUCAAAGGAGGUGCAAGAGGAUCCGUGUCGCAGAGCAUGCUGAUGACGGUGCUCUUCCUCCUCACACUACUGGUCGUUGUUUUCAUAGUAUCGUUGUUUUUGUUGUUGCCCUCAUCAUCAGCGAGAGCCCUUUGCUGCAGAUUCUCGCCCAUCAUCGCUCUCCUCUCGCGGGCCUCUUCACACGGGCUGCCAUCUGUAUAGUUCAAGACCAGCUUCCUCCCCCUCAUGACCAGUUCCGAGUUCUGUUGCCCAAGACUGUACACCUUGUCGCCCUUCCUGUAGAAAGCACUCACGUUCCGCCAGACAUUCUUGUCCACGCCCACGACAUCUUCGAUGGGCUCUACCACAGGUCCGCAGAAGUUGACGGUGAAGUUGUAGCCGACAUCGUAGCCAGUCGCAUUCCAGCUGUGCUCUUUGGGAUGUUUCGCUUUCGAAGUGACAGGAUCGGGAAUGAGUAACGACGACAGGUCGAAGAACGAACCGGUGGUCGGAGACGUAAUCGUACAAGGCUUGUCGGCGUUCUUGUUGCUGUUGCUGCUGUCGGCGGCGGACGCUAUGGCGGCGGUGCAGGCAAGGUAGAAGGCUAGGGGCAGCUUCAUAGUGCGAGCGCGUUUGGACCGUGCUACCGCAAGCGAGGCAUGAGUAUAUAUAUGACUCUUCAGGUACGUCCAAUUCCUCGAUGGUGAGUACAACGUACGAG